AUGCUUGGGAUGAAGGCAAGAGAAAUAUGUGUAGAAGAAAAUAAAGGUCACCAACUGACCAAUACCUCAAGGAAACGAGAAGGGGUGUGUGCACUAGCAAAAUCUAUGCGAGGGAAAGGGAGAUUCUUGCCCUGUAACGCCUGCUACGGUCCUCGAUGCCCCGUUUAUGUAUUGCUUUUUGCCGUGGUGGUGUUUAUUGUCCUGUCAAGUGUGAUCCCUGUGGGACACGCCAUGCCGUUUCGACUCCGUGGCGGCAGGAUCAGCAAGCCCAUCACCGUGGGCCGGGCCGUGGACAGUGUGCUGCUGGACGGUGUGGUGAUCACGGGCGGGGUGCCAGUGGUGUUUGACAUGGAGGCGAUGCUUCCCGGCCCUCUGCGCAUCGACCUGAAGGAUUGUGUGUGCCAGGAGGGUUCGCAGAUUUACGUGCUGGGUUACCGCAGUGCACCAGUGAGUGACCACAGUCUUGUGAUGAACGUGAGCGGCCUGAAUGGGGAGUUCUGUUCACUGGUGUUUGCGCACAAGCUGCCAGAGCAAACAAAUGUGACGAUUUGUGACUCGACGAUUGCGGUGACGGGACCUGUGAAAUAUACCCCGAUUCGCGGAAUGAGCGAUGCCCCCGCCUCGCCGCUUGUGCUGUACGCGACAUUGCUAUUACAUUCAAAGCUGUAUGUGAUCAACACAAUUUUGAGGACGUCCACAGAUGGUGGGGCAGCGAUGCACGUUGCGGGUGGCGUGCAGCUGAAGUCGAGCAUGGUCGUGCUUGACGGCGUGUCGCUGGAGGCAUUGCAUGGCUCGCGUACAUACGCGAUGUACGUGCCGCCUUUGUCAGGUCUCAGUUUGGAGGAUAAGUCUGUGUUUUCCGUGACGAAUGCGUCAGUCAAGAGCAGCGGCGGCGGAUUUGCAUUCGGGAAUCGCCUUACCGUUUCUCUCUCCGUGCUACGUUUUGUGGAUGUUGUCGGGCGUGUGGAGGCUCCUGUGGUGACUGCCAGCGGCGGGAAGAUUGGGGAUGGCGGUUGGCUGGAGCUGUACCGUGUGUGGGCUCUGAAUGACAGGUCUUCUGCGGCGUUGCUUUCGUCGGUGACGGUGAGCAGCGGUGGAGUUGUGUCGGUUGCUCGCUGCGCCGUGACCGGAAAAACGCUUGUUGCCGGCCCGGUGAUGACAAAUGGUGGUGUUGUGUCCGUGCAAUGCAACCGUGCCGAUGGCAAGUUGCUUAGAAGUGCCGUUGAGUACCGUUCCGCCGGCCUGCCCUCCGUGAACGUGGUGCCGUGUGACGGCUGUGACAAGACACAGAACUGCUUCGGUGCGCUGACGACAUCUUUCUCUGAGUGCUCUUGCCGAUGCGCUCGCGGUGGCGUUGGUGCUGCGUGCUUGCCGCCUGGCGUUCCUGUUGCGAAGGCUGGCGGUGCGCAGGGUUGCGUGAGUGGCGUUGCGUUGACGGAGUCCGUGACGAUCGGCGGCGGGCAGGCAACGCUGUGUCUUGAGGCUGUUGUUUUCAGCGGGCCGAUCACUGUGACGGUGGACCUGCGCUCGAUGGACGUGUUUGCUGACGCGCUGAAAGUGACGCUGCGCCACUGCCUGCUCGAGGGCGGCGCGCAGCUGCGGAUCAAAGGGGUUGAAGAAGACACCGCGCGACUGAUGCCUGGCGUUAUUGUGAAAAUGGAGAAUGUGACGUCGCUGGAGGGCACGAUUGUGCUGCAGCACAGACUGCCGGCUAAUUCAAAGGUACUCCUGGCAGACUCAACGCUGCGUGCGACGGUCAACGGCUCGCUGUACGUGCCGACGACCUCUGGCCACAAUGAAUCCCGGUACGGCUCUGCACUUGUCCUGGACGGCGUCCGGCUUCUGUCGUCGCAGUUUGUCGUAACGCGGUCGACGUUCAUGUGUAGCGGGGGUUCGUGCGCUGCGAUCCUCGUGGAGCGUGACCUUUUGCUGGACAAGAAAAGUUCGUUCUACAUGGACAACUGUGCUGUGAACGCCCACCUCCAUGUGAUGGGAUUCAUUGCAUCCAAACUGACCGUGGGUGGCGGCUCCGUCUUUGUCAUCCAGAACAAUUCGUGGCGGGUGAGGACGAUCGAACGGCUCGGCAAUGCGUGGCAAUGUGACAGUAUCACAAUAACAGGGGGAAGCGUUUUGCAGAUUUCCGGGAACAAGUUUGGUCCGAGCGAAUCCGUAAUUAGCAUGCAGUCUUUGACCGUAAACAAGGGGAGCUGGUUGGUGCAACGGGACAACGACUUUCGAGUCAAGAGUGUUUUUCUUUUGAAUCAAGUUGAGUUUGAAACCGGAAGCACCUGGUCGGUGCUUCGAAACAACUUUUUGCCUGUCCCGGGCGCGUACAGUGGCGCAUCCAUGUGGAAUUACUUUUCGUUCUCUACUCCACCAGAGACGAUGAGGCCGACGGUGUACGUUUCGUGCAACAAUCUGAAUGGAAUGCCUCUGGAGGAUUACGGUCGUAUCGCCAUGAGAAUGAACGUGACGUCGUACGGUUGUGGUGAGUGCACGUGGAUUGCUGAAGGCUUUGCUUCGAAGGCGAUAAAGAGCACUGGAAAUAAAUGUGGAUACAAAUGCGCUGCUGACAGCCACGGUGUUUCUUGCCUGCCGGCGGAGAUCCCGAUGAAACUUGGGCCACGACCACCGCUUCCUGUGGCCCCUGCAGAGAUACCAUGCGUGCGUGGUGGCACAGUGAAUGAGGUGGCGGCCCCCACGCCCGGUGUUUCUGGCCUGUGCUUUGUGGGUCUGCAUUUCACUUCUCCGCUCGUCAUCGACAUGAGCGAUUUCAGGCCGGCAACGCGGACGAUCAACAUCACACUGCUGCAGUGCAGGCUGUCGGGCUUGCGAAUAACAGGGAACAGCGAAUACGCCGUACACAUGAGUAUGACUGAUUCCACGGUGGACGAGGGCAGUGUUGUUUUUGACGGUGUGUUUGGUCUGGGGUCUCGGAUACGUGUGGUGGACAGUGUUGUGGAUACAGCGGGUCCCUUGGGCAUAUUUUUUGAGGCAGACUUUGGUGUGAAUGCAUCGAUUCUGCUGCAUCGCACCGCCGUUAUUGCGACAAAUGAGGCCAUUGCUAUAACGGAUGGCUUUAUCCUGAACGCGAGCGAGGUUGUCGUGCAGGGAUGCCGGCUGGAGGCGGCAGUGCCGCAGUUUCAUGAGAGUUCCGCGAUUGCAUUCAAAACCGUUCAAAUUGUUUCUGGGGGACGCUUUCGCGUCAUAGACUCGCAUAUGAUUUCCGGAAGAGGGGUUGCUUUAACCUACCCAUGCAAAUUGACGUCGUCGGCUCUCCUAGAGGUGACGCGGAACACCAUGACGGGCCCAGAGGGUUCUUCUAAAACUGCGCUGCUUUACCACGGCGAUAGCCUCACUAUUUCCGGUGGGGCGGAGCUGCGUGUGGAGCAGAACAGAGUGAGGGAUGCCUUGCUCUACUACGUAUACCGACGCAAUACUGAGGCACUUGAUCUUGUGGAUGAUGGCAGCGUUGCCGUUUUCUCCCACAACGUCUUGGAGGGUUCCGCGGAGGCAGUGAUGGGGGUCAAGGCGAAAGUGCAUUCACCGGCAAGAUUGCUGGCGGGUUGCAACAAGAAGAACAGUGCUGAGGUGAAUUACGAAGAUGCAUUCAAGAAAGCGUCUGUGAUUGGUUGCGGGGCCUGCAAGGGCGGCGACACGGCAUGCCGCGCGCCUGAGGCUAAGUUGGUCAGUGUUGCCGCGGUGCCUCGGACACAGAGGGAUGUGGACGUGAACAGGAGCUGCGUGGUGGACCAGACGCUGAAAAACAUCUCAAUUGAGAUGUGGAAGACGCACCACUGCUACACCAACGUCACAUUUAGUGGCGUGGGCGCUGCGCUGAAGUUUUCUCUCAUGCGAAUGCCACUGCACCUCCCCAUAAACAUCACUUUUUUUGGGUGCACGUUUCUUGACGGGGCUGCGGUGCAUUUUGUGGGUGGCCGCGACGCGGUGGAGUCUGCUGGCGUGCUGAUUCGCGUGAGGAGGGUGGUGAUGCAGUCUUCCGGCGUGUCAUUUUCGAACGCCUUUCCACGUGGCACAGAUAUUGUCAUCAAUGAGAUCGACGCCGAGCAGAUUUCCCUUUUCUUUACACCCUAUCGGUACUCCAACAGGUUUGCUGUUGUCGCAUUGAAGGAUUUCCUGCUCGCCGGCUCCUCUUCACUGCUGCUGAGUAAUGUCGAGAUUCGCCGACCACGAAGGGUAGUAGGCUUUACUCCCAGUGGGUCCUGCUUGGCGGUGGAGGAAUCGUUGACGCUGCUGGAUGGAAGCGCGCUUUACGUGCAGAACUGUACCCUUGCAGGGGCAAAGGCCAUUUUGGACAUGAAUGGCAAGACGAGGGUGGCCAAUCGCUCCGCACUAGCGUUACUCAAUAACGUGGUACUUUCAGGAGAGAGCAUCCUUGACAGCAAAAUCAUUACAGUGGAGGAAUUCAGCGUCUUUCGCAUGGUGGGGAACCGCGGUGCGGUGAGGUUUGGCGUCUACUUGUACGGUGAAUGGAUCGUGCGCCAGUCGAGCUGGGUGGAGUUGCGUGAAAACGAUGUUCCGACAGCUGAUAUGCUUCGUACCUCAGCUUUAUACGCCGUGGAUAUUGACAACAGCAGCGCGCUGACGCUGACAGGCUGCAAGAUGCGUGCCAUGGGCCUGAAAAAAUCUAUGUUGAAGGAAGAGAACAACAGCCACAAGUUUUUUGCGGGAUGCUUGAUGAUUGGAGAGGAAAUGGAGUCAACCGUCGAGGAAAUGCGUAAAGCUUAUAUCACCGGGGUGACGACGGCAGUAAAAUGCGGAGAGUGCGACAAAAUUGGUGGUUGCUUUGCUCCGCUGACAAUUUCGAUCAGUGGCUGCAAGUGCCAGUGCGCUGCUGAAGGAUACGGCGAUGUGUGCGCCCCGUCGCGUCUUGCGCUCUCGCUGCCCGUUUCGUUGUUACCGGCCACACCUGCCCAAGGCAGGUGCAUCAGCGACAUGGUGUACCCCGAGGUGACGCAGACGGUGGGUGGCGGGCUGUCGUGGCUGUGCUACCGCAACGUGACGUUCAGCGGGACCUUCAUGCGGUUCACGGUGGCCGUUGGAGCAAUGGUCGGCGACGCUGUGAGCGUCAUAUUUGACGGGUGCAAAUGGGAGCGGGGAGCCGCGCUUGUUCUUGAGGGUGCCGCAAAUGUAAGGGUAGGGUCGCUGAGCAUUGUGGUUACCCGCAACAGCUUUGAGGAUGCCGUGCUGAGUCCUGCCGGUGCGUUCCCACCGCGCACGAACAUCACCAUCAGCGGGAACCACUUCAACGUGACGAGGGCCAUUCCUGUGCCCGGUGUGGCGUUCCACUACCCGUCUUGCGUUGUGACGAGGGACUUGGUGCUCAGCGGCCAUUCUGCUCUUAUUCUCAUGGACAACAACUUCCACACCGGUGGAUCAGAUUCUGUCGUUGUGUACGUCGCGAAGGGCGGCAUGGCCGUGCAGUCGUACUCUGCUUUUGCGAUGACGGACAACUCGUUCCACGUUUCUGGUGGUGGUCGCGCAGCUUUUCGUGUGUCCAGUGACGACAGUUUUACGGCGGUGCGGGUGCAUAACAACUCGGUGUUCAGCGUGGAGCGGAGCUUUGUCUCCGGCGUUUUGGAGGCAUUUGUGCAUCUGGACACCCUUGAGGUAAAGAGCAAGUCUACCUUGUUGCUGGAACGCAACGUUGGUCUUGUGGUGAUCUCUGUCUUCCACGUUGAAGAGGCGAUGGAGCUAAUGGAUUCUUGGGUAUUUAUCAGCAAGAAUGCCGCAUACGACAACGCGAGUGUUGUGGGCCGCUUUGGAUCUGUCAAGACAGAGAGGUCUCUUCUGGUGGUGUCUGGUAACAGUGUCUUGCCUGUCACGGGAGGUGCCGAAGCUGCUGCCGUGGUGUUCAAGCCAAACGGCCGCUUUGAGGGGAGUAAUACCUCAACCCUCAUCCUUGCUUGCAACAAACCGGCAGGCUCGGCGGAAAAAUUGCGCGACAAGGUUUCCAAUACUUUUGCUGUAAAGGAGGAGAGGUGCAGCGACCAAUGCAUCCUCGCGUCAUCUUGCUUCCCCGCGUACACGACGACGGUCUCGAGUGAUGGCUGCACCUGCACGUGCGCGGAGGGCGGACACGGCGACCACUGCCUGCCCGUCUAUGUUCCUAGGAGCCAUGACGAUGAUCCUUGUGUGCGGAACAUGAAUGUGACGUGGGAUGUGGUUGCAGGGCAUCGGCAGUCGGUGGUGUGCUACGUUGGUGUGACCUUUGCGGCGGACUUUGUGGUGGAAAUGGAGUCAAUGACAGGGAGCGUGCGCAACGUGACACUGGCGAACUGCACAUUUUUGGACGGAGCGAGCCUGUACGUUGUUGGGUGGCGGUCCGACCCGCCUGCUGGCCAGCGCGCCGAUGUGUUGAUCAGCGGGCUUGAGUCGCGCUCUGGCGGCGGCGUGGUGGUGGCGAACCGAUUUCCGCCGGGCUCGCGCGUCACUGUGGUGGACUCGGUGCUGAUUGCAGAGAAGCGCGUUGCGUACCGCGGCGCCUACGAUCUUGGCGACGCGUCCGCGUGCCUCGUGUUGCACAACGUGAGUUUGACGGGGAGCGUGCUGACCAUCGCGCGCACGCACGUGGCGGCGGUGUUCCGCGACGCUGUUGGCGUUUUGGCGGUUCGCGGCGUGGCGCUGUCGUCGCGUGGUGCGCUGUACGUGGACGGGCUGUUGGUGCAGACGGCGCUGGGGCUGUGCGUGUCUGUGGAGGGCGGUGUUGCGGCCAGCGGCGGCUCCGUGGUGGCGUUUUUUGACAGCGACUUCCUGCUGUGCAAGCAUGCGGUGUCUGUGCGUGGGGCUGUGAGCGUGUCGGGCUCUGCUGUGGCGCUUGUGCGGAACGACUUUUCGUCGACGGAGGACUACGCGGUGGCGUUUUAUUCGACGGUGAGCCUGGCCGACGGGUCGAUGCUGCUGGCGAAGGGCAACGUGCACGACGGCGUCUCGAGGGAGAUGCUCCACGCCGCUGGCACCGUGACCGCUGUUGGGAGCACGCUGAGCUUUGUGCGCAACCGAGCGCUGCUGUCUCGGAUGCUGUCGGCGAGCCUGUCACUCACGGCUGGGGCGCAUUUGAGGGUGGUGUGCAACGACGCUGGUGGACGUGUCCUGUCGACGGCGGAGGAUUACGCAGCGGCUGGUUUUGGCGACGCUGGGAGCAUCGACGUUGCUGGGUGCGACGCCUGCGACAGGGACACGCACUGCUACGCGCCCGGGACGGCGUCGGCGAGCAUGAGGAACGGUGUGUGCUUUUGCGCGUGCGGCAGCGGCGGGUACGGCGAGGCGUGCGUGCCUGUGGGAGCUCCCGCGUUGCCAGCCUCUGCCGGGUUUAUUGCGUCUGCGUUCGAGAUUGAGGAUACAGUGGUGCAGUCCACUUUUGUUGUGCCUGCCGGCGCGAACGAGGUGACGCUGCGCCACGUUGUGCUGGACGGCGUGAGUCCGGUGCUCUACGUGCCGUGGAUGGCGCGGGACGGCGUGCGGAUCUUUGUGCAGAACGUGUCGCUGCUGAACGGCGCCGUGCUGUACGUGAUGGGCGGUGGAGGCGCUUCUCGCGCAUGGCCGUCGUCGGAGUUGCAGCUGGAGCUUUCGAUCUGCAGUGUGGAGGCGUUCAACGGCGUGAUUGUGCUGACCGGCACCUUCCCCGCGAAGUCUAUGUUGACCAUGACCGAAUCCCUGCUUAUCACCACUGAGUCGACGCCGCUUGAGUAUCUUCUGGGCUCUCAGGCCGCGGUGUACACUCCGGCGCUGGUACUAUCCGGCCUACAGCUUGUAAAUUCCACCCUAUUGAUGCAUGGUGUUGGCUUUCUGGCGGUCAAAAGUGGUGGACGGACGGUGAUUGUGGAUGGGGCCGCGCUUCGGCUGGAUAGCAGCGGCAUUUCACUGGAGACCGCCUCUUUUGGUGGCGACUAUGCUUUUUACGUGGGUGGGCGGACCGUGCUGUCGGGGGGUGCUGUGCUGCGCGUGUCGGAGAGUGGUGUUUACGCGGGCCGCGGUUUGCUGUUUUAUAAAGGCCUCUCGUUGAACGCAUCCGCCGUCGUUAUUAACGACAACACCGGUGUGCUGACCGAUGACGCGUUGCUGGUGCUGCGGGGGUCGGCGUCGUUUGCGUCCGGGUCGUGGCUGUCAGUGCGCGGGAACGAGAUUGGCGGCAGACAAAGGCUUUUGUCUUUACCGUCACAGCCGUCAGAAAUAACCUUUUUAAAGAGCACGUUUGCGCUUUACGGAAACAUUGGCGGUGGUUCUCAUGUGAUGAACGGCACCAUUGCGGUGGAGGGCCCCGGUGGGGAUUUCGUUGUUGGUUGCGUAAGGCACAAUGGGCAGACACUGAAUGCUGCAGAGUAUGAGUCCGUUGGCAUCUCGGGAUAUACACGCACCGUGGCGUGCGGCGCAUGUGACGCCCGUGUGAACUGCUUUGCUGCUGCGACGAGGACGAUGCCGGGGUCGUGCCACUGCCGCUGUGUUGAGGGCGGGUACGGGCGCGACUGCCUGCCGGUGUACCUGCCGCACGUGGACGGGUGCAACCGCACCGUGACAUGCCCGGCGCUGGAUGUGUCAAUACUACCGGGCCGCGGUUUGACAUUGGAAGACAUUCGCUUGAGUGGCGCCACGCCGAAGAAGCUGACGGUGGCGUUGCCUCCGCCGUUCCGAUGGGAACGCGACGCUGAUCUCCGCCCGUACUUGACAUUUGCGCUCGCGUCGUUGAUGCAGCCGAACGGCUACAGUGGGCCAUGGGGAGAGAAGCUACGCAACUCGACAUGGGAGCGCAACAGGACGAACCCGCGGGGUGUGCUGGAGGUCACUGUACCCAAAGACGACAAAUACUUUAUUGGGAUGGACGAAAAGAUUCUUCUUGCGUACACUCCACAUGCGCUGCACGGCGGAUGCACCGGUGUGCUGGAAGGGGCGUUCACCAUCAAUUCCAACACGCCGGUGGGGCUGUCGCGGGCACUCUUGGUAUUGAACGGUGUUGGUGCCAGCACAGCCGUUGCUGCUAUCGCCGCUGGCGGCUGGCUGGGCUCCAUCCUGGAGAUGCAGGCGCUCGGCGUGUUCGCGAAGAUGUCAUGUGCACCCGCUUGGGAGCGUGCGAGCACGGCUUUGCUGCCGUACUUCCUGUCGGUGUUUGCUGCCCUUGACCCGCUGUGGAUGGUGGUGGGCAAUGCGCUGCUCGCCGCUGUGUUUGGGUGCGUGCACUACGGUGUGACGGCCGCCUUCCAGCGGUGGCGCGGCGUGGACGCUGCGAGUGCGUGGGCGGCGAUGCGCUUCCCGAGCCUGACGUACCUUGUGGCGUACGUGAUGCACCCUGGCAUUUGUGUGUUUUCCGCCUUUUUGUUGACGAUGUCCGACGCACAGGUGAAACACUACGUGAUUGGUGUCGUUGGGAUGCUAUACGGUGUGGCGUUCCCUGCUGGCGUGUGCUACUUUGUUUCGUGCCGCUGUGACGCGGAGUUCAAGGAAUACGAGGGGUUUUCGAAUAAGCCGUUCCCACUGCGCUGGUUGUACCCCGUCGGGUAUUGGUACCCCGCGGCGCAGCAGCGGAUGUACGGCAGCAUCUUUUCGCACGUAAGAGACGGAAAAGCGUAUAUGUGCGUGUUCCAGCUGUCGGUGCUGUGUGUGGUGGGCCUGAUUGCGGCUGUGCACCCGCCCGUGGGAGGCUGCCACGUCCAGUACUUCUGCAUGGCUGCUGUGCUGCUUGCGGGUGCGGGCGUGGUUGCCUUCACGAACAUGAUGCGCUCGGCCUUCCUGACGGUGAUGCACACUGCGGGCUUUGUGCUCCUUGCGGCGCUGUGUAUUGUCAACGCGGCAAACCAUCUUGCGCCGGGCGACGACGGGGUGAGGGGGCACGCGGCGAUCUUGCUGCUGUUGCUGUGCGUGGUGCUUGCAAUCACUGUGUACAGCAUUGUUUUGUGGUACGUGGAGAGCCGAAACUGGCGAGCACUGCGCGAGCAGCGCAAAAGUCCAGACUACUGUUUGCCCGACGGCAAAGACGAGGAGCAAGUGAAAGAGAAGCGCAUCGAGUCCCAUCCAGUUUCUCCGGAGGAGACGACAGUGUGA